AUGAGCAGUCCAGUGGCGUCGGCUUUCUCAAACUGGUAUGGAGAAGAAUGUUGCGAGUGGGAGGGCGUUGAAUGUGAUGCCACUCGUACUCGUAUUCACAGCAUCUGCUUUCACUGCUUGAGGGAAAAAAGCGAUGGCGAGGUUGAACCGUGGUACCCGAAUGCUACCUUGUUUGGUCAGUUUGAGGAGUUGCAGGAACUUGAACUGCCAGGGAAUCAUAUAGGAGGAUUCGUUUCAAUUCACGCAUUCAGAGAACUCAAGCAACUUCAAAAGUUGGAUCUGCAUGACAAUUCCAUACACAAUGGCUCAAAUCUCUGUUGGAGUAAUUCUCCUUCUCUUUAUUUCCUGGAUUUGUCUAGCAACAACUUACACGGCAAUAUUCCAGAUUGUCUUUGCCACAACCUGGUUCUGAAAGAAUUGAUCCUGUUUGAUAGCGAUCUCUUUGGAAGCAUAAAUUUGCGUUUGGGAAAGAUGGUUUCGCUCCAGCAUCUGGAUCUCUCUGACAAUCAUUUCAACGGCUCUUUUCAUUCUUUGCCGAUUAGCAACCUUACAAAUAUUGAGUCACUUGUUCUAUCAAGAAAUGAGUUCCACGGCAUCAUUUCACUCUGUAUUUUUGCCAAUCUGUCGAGGCUCAGUGAACUUGGUAUUUCCUUCAACCACAUGGUAGUCGAAUCAGAGAGAGACUCACCAAGUUACCGUCCAUAUUUCAGUCUAAAUACUCUGCGUUUAUGUGGUUGUAACCUCAAGAACAAUACCGAACUAUGGUUAAGAGGCAAUAACUUCACUGGUCCCUUCACCAAGAACAUAAGCUCAAGGCUUACUCUUGUUGACAUUUCUGACAUUUUCUUGCAUGGGAAAUUACCCAUAGACUUCAGCCUGAAAUUUUCACAGCUGGGUCAUUUAAAGCUUUCCAAAAAUAGCUUCAACGGAGUAAUGACUUAUCUAUCAAGAAAUGGUCUUUCUGGUGACAUUCCUGACUGUAUCGACAACAUUACUUCUUGGACGGAUAGUUCUUACGGUGGUUAUCUACAAACUGCCUCCUGGAAUGCAAUAGAUAUCACACCACACAUUUAUAGUGCACGCUAUGUUUCGUAUUCGAAGGGAAUAGAUGUAUCUUCGAAUAAACUAAGCGGUCAAAUUCCAAUCCAAAUGACACAAUUGACUGAGAUUCUUUGGCUAAACAUGUCGAACAACCUUCUCAUCGGUCAAAUACCUUCAUCGUUGGGAAACUUGAGAGGUGUAGAAAGCCUAGAUCUUUCACACAACCUUCUGAUCGGUCAAAUACCUUCAUCGAUGGGAAACUUGAGAGUUGUAGAAAGCCUAGAUCUUUCACACAACAAUCUCUCCGGUUGGGCAAAGCAUUUGAAACAGGUUCAGCUGCAAAGAUUCCUCAAAAUGCAGCAGAGAUUGAAAAAUUGGAACACACCGAGCCUUGAGUCUCAUAAAGUUUUGCUUCUUUGCAUCGAUUGCCAAGGCUGCUUAGAAGUGGAAAGAGCAGCUCUUCUACAAAUCAAAGAUUCAAUGAGCAGUCCAGUGGCGUCAGCUUUCUCAAACUGGUAUGGAGAAGAAUGUUGCGAGUGGGAGGGCGUUGAAUGUGAUGCCACUCGUACUCGUAUUCAUAGCAUCUUCUUUCACUACUGGAGGGGACAAAGAGACAACGAGGUUGAACUCUGGUACCCAAACGCAACCUUGUUUGCUCAGUUUGAGGAGUUGCAGGAACUUGAACUGCCAGGGAAUCAUAUAGGAGGAUUCGUUUCGGUUCAUGCAUUCAGAACACUGAAGUGCCUUCAAAAGUUGGAUCUGCGUGAUAAUUCCAUACGCAACGGCUCUAGUCUCUGUUGGGGGAAAUCUCCUUCUCUUUAUUACUUGGAUGUGUCUGAUAACAAGCUAGAAGGCAAUAUUCCAGAUUGUCUGCCUGACAACUUGUUUCUGCUUCAGCAUCUGGAUCUCUCUUACAAUCAAUUCAAUGGCUCUUUUCCUUCUUUGCUAAUUAGCAAUCUGAAAAAUAUCGAGUCACUUUUUCUAUCAAGUAAUGAGUUUCAAGGCAGAUAUCGGCCUGAAUUUUCCACAGCUGCACCAUUUAGAUCUUUCCAACAACAGUUUCAAUGGCAAUCUGCCACUGUUCUUGGGGAACCAACUUCAGAUGCUGGACUUAUCGGACAAUCAGUUCCAAGGAGAAAUGCCCCAAGGUAUGACAAGCAAUAUGAGUUGUCUGAUAUAUUUGGGGUUAUCCGGAAACAACCUGACAGGAGCUUUCCAAAGUUAAAAGAACUACACCUCGGAGGGAACCGGUUCAAAGGGCGAAUACCAUUACAAAUUUGCCAAAUGAGGGAAUUGCAUAUUUUUAGAUCUAUCAAGAAAUGGUCUUUCUGGUGACAUUGACUGUGUUGACAAUGUUACUUCUUGGACGGAUCCUCUUUACGAUGGCUACCGUCCGUCUUAC